CCAAAUUAGUGUGGUAGAAUCACAUGUUUUAGGUGAUUUUAAUCCAUAUUCAGAAAAUGUUCAUCCCUUAUUUGCUCUUUAAAAUUAAACAAAUGAUUUAAUUAUACCCUGUAUAAAUAAAGUUUCAAUUUCCAAAAGAUGUCAUUAAAUUUAAAAAAAUAUAUAUAUACAUACAUAAUUAUAAAAAAAAAAAUUAAAACUAUAAUGUCGAUUACUAAUCUGUAUUUGUAAGUUCAUUGCUCUAUUGCUUUGUACAUUAAUAUACAUGCAACAUUGUGUACUAACUUCCGGUUUGAAAGUUAUUAAAUAGGCGAUAUGUAGGCGGUAGACUUGUAGAAAUCUUUAACAUGUCGGAUAAAAUAACAUUCAGUGUUAAUGGGCAUAAAUACUCAGUGAGUUCGGAGGUGGACUCGGAUGUGUCGCUGAACGACUACGUGCGCGAGAGACUGAACCUGCGCGGCACCAAGUACAUGUGCAAGGAGGGCGGCUGCGGUUGCUGUAUCGUUGCCGUGCGCGCGCCCACCGACAACGGCGUUUCACGCAUCUUCUCGGUUAAUUCUUGCCUCGUAUCGAUCACAUCAUGUCAGGAUUGGGAAGUGACAACUAUAGAGGGUAUAGGAGACAGAGGGCGCGGUUAUCAUCCAAUACAGAGAACUUUAGCUGAAUACGAUGGGACCCAGUGCGGGUAUUGCUCUCCUGGGUGGGUUAUGAGUAUGUACAGCUUAUUAGAAUCGAGUCACCAUGAUUUAACACAAUAUGAAAUAGAGAAUUCACUCGGAAGUAAUACAUGCAGAUGUACCGGUUACAGACCUAUAUUGGAUGCAUUUAAGAGUUUUGCUAAAGAUGCGCCAAAGCCUAAAUUAAAAGAUAUCGAAGAUUUGAAACUUUGUAAAAAUAAAGAAGAAUGUGAACAUGCGUGUGAUAAAAGUUGGUGUUUUGUAAAGGCUAAUGAUAAAGAUAACGUAAUUAAAAAAAUCCAUUUAAAAGAUGAUCGAAUUUGGUAUAGAAUCGCACAAGUACAAGAUAUAUUUAAUAUCUUGGAUAGUGAAGGAUAUGAUUCUUAUAUGUUGGUAAAUGGGAACACAGGCAGAGGUGCUGUUCCAAUAUUUGCAUUCCCAAGAGUGCUUAUUGAUGUAAGUGCUAUACAAGAAAUAAAAGGUCACUACAUUGAUCAGAAUUUGGUUGUUGGAGCGGGUACAACUCUGACCGAUCUGAUGGACAUUUUCAAAACAGUAUCACAUGACCAAGAAGAGUUUGCCUACUUGUAUAAACUGUACGAACACUUAGACUUAGUGGCUCAUAUUCCUGUUAGAAACAUUGGUACAAUAGCUGGUAAUUUAAUGGUCAAGCAUAAGAACCUUAACUUUUCUUCAGACAUUUUCUUGUUGCUAGAGACAAUAGGAGCCACUCUGACCAUAGUUGAGAAAACUUCAGUUCAUACUGUGACUGUGGAAGAUUUUCUAUCUGUGGACAUGACUGGAAAAGUCAUAACAUUAGUCAAAAUACCACCACUUUCCCCUAACCACCAAUUUGUUUCUUUUAAAAUAAUGCCACGAGCACAAAAUGCUCACGCUCAAGUUAACGCAGCAUUUUUAUACAAAUUCGAUUCCUACGACCAAGAAACGGUUUUGUCUGCCAGGAUUGUUAUCGGAGGACUCUCUGGACAUUUCAUUCACGCUCGAGAAACUGAAAAAUUCUUAAUAAAUAAAAAAAUAUUUAAUAAUAAUGUACUGCAGCAAGCUCUACACAUAUUAAACGAAGAAUUAAUAGUUGAAGAGAUCGCAGGAGAGCUAAAACCACAAUAUAGAAAAAAAGCUGCACUUGGCGUCUUUUACAAGGGCUUGCUGAACAUAAUACCUGAAAAACAGUUAAAACCUUGGUAUCGUUCAGGGGCUAGAGAUUUUAGAAAAACUAGACCUAUAUCAAAAGCAGCUACAGUAUUUGAUACUAAUCCUAUCAUAUGGCCGAUCACUGAACCCAUGCCCAAAUUGGAUGCUUUAAUACAAAGUGCUGGUGAAGCAAAAUAUGUUAAUGAUAUGCCGACUGAUCCAAAAGAAGUAUUUUGCGCGUUUGUUACGUCUGAUAUAUGUACCGGCGAAAUUGAAAGUAUUGACCCGACGCCGGCUUUGAACUUACCUGGAGUUUUAGCAUUCUUCUCAGCCAAAGAUAUUCCAGGGAACAACUCUUUCUUAUCUCAAAAAGUACCUGCUCAACCUAUGUCAGAAGAGAUUUUUGCAGAAAAAGAAGUUAAAUAUUAUGAUCAAGCUAUAGGUGUUAUAGUGGCUGAAACUGAAAAGCUUGCAAACAGAGCAGCAUUGUUAGUACGAACUAAAUAUAAAGUUGAUAAAAGAAAGCCAAUUUUAACCAUAACAGAUGCACAAAAACGAGAUCCUAAUCGCAUUACCCUGUACGCAGUGAUUCCAGCAAGAGAUCGAGGCAUUGAUAUUCAAAAAAUUAUUAAAGGUUCUCAAAAUAUAUUUUGGCAGUACCAUUAUCCAAUGGAAACUCUAUCUUGUGUUUCCAUACCCAGUGAAGACGGAAUUGAUUUAUAUCCUUGUACUCAAUGGACGGAUUCCGUUCAUAUUUCAGUUGCCGAAAUGUUGAAUAUAGAACAAAAUAGAAUAAAUUUAACGGUACCACGAUGCGGCGGCGCAUAUGGUUUGAAAAUAAGUCGCACCAGUCACGUAGCUUGUGUAAGUGCUCUUGUCACCUACCUCAUGAAUAGACCUUCAAGAUUUGUGCUGAGCAUUCAGGCUAGUUUGAGAAUUAUAGGCAAACGACUACCGUGCAAAAGUGAAUAUGAGUUGGCAGUAAAUAAUGUCGGAGUAAUACAAUAUUUUGAAUAUCAUAUCUAUGUAGAUAAUGGUUAUGUAUACAGCGAUUCAGUAGUAACAUACAUACCACCAUCUUUGAAAAGUUGCUACGAUAAUAGAAGAUGGCAAAGCAAGAUCUUUAAUGUAACAACUGAUACAGCCUCCAAUACAUAUGCCAGAGCACCAGGAUUUUUAGAAAGCAUAUCAAUGACGGAAUACAUGAUGGAGCGAAUUUCAUACGAAAUCAAUAUGGACCCAGUGAAAGUUCGUCUCAAUAACCUUAGUCCAGAACGUACGGAUGUUACUGAAAUUGUUCAAACUUUACUCAAAGAUGGUGAAUAUGACAAACGAAAGGAAGAAGUAAAAAAGUUCAACGAAAUAAAUAGGUGGAAAAAACGUGGACUGAGAAUUGCAAUGAUGAGUUAUCCAAUAAUUAUUGCAAUGGAUUAUCACGUAUUAAUGUCAGUCUACCAUGGCGAUGGCACAGUUGUAGUGAAACAUGGCGGUAUCGAAAUAGGUCAGGGUAUUAACACGAAAGUAAUACAAGUUGUGGCAUAUACGCUUAAUAUCUCAAUAGACAAAGUAAAAGUUAAACCUGCCGAUGUAGCCACAAUUCCCAAUAAUUUUACCACCGGAGGGAGCAGAACCAGUCAAGCAGUUUGCUUUGGAGCUAUCAAGUGUUGCCAAUUAUUACUAGAUCGGUUAUCUACAAUUAGAGAGACUUUGAAUAAUCCAACUUGGGAAUUACUGAUAGAGACUGCUUUUAACCGAGGUAUAAAUCUGCAAACGAGUUAUCAUGUAAACGCUAAUGAUCAGGAGCCAUAUAGAGUAGGAGGUGCUGCUUUAGCUGAAGUAGAAUUAGACAUAUUGACUGGAGAACAUGAAAUCCUAAGAGUUGAUAUAGUUGAAGACGUCGGCACAAGUGUGAAUCCUGAACUUGAGAUUGGACAGAUCGAAGGAGCUUUCGAAAUGGGCGCCGGAUAUUGGACCCACGAACACAUAAUCUAUGAUGAUAAAACUGGAGAGCUUCUGACAGACCGUACCUGGUACUAUCAUGUGCCCCAUGCAAAAGAUAUUCCAAUAGAUUUUAGAGUACAAGUGCGAAGAAAUUCAUAUAAUCCGCUUGGCACUUUAGGAGCUAAAGGUGUGUCUGAACCACCUAUGUGUCUAUCUAUCAGUGUUGCAUUUGCUUUGAGAGAGGCUAUAGCGGCUUCACGAAAGGAUUCUGGAUACCCAAAUGAAUGGUUUAAUGUCGAUGGACCUUUUACAUUGGAGAAAAAUGUUUUGAAAUCUGAUGUUCGUCUUGAUGAAUUUUUAUUUACAUAA